UUAAAUUUAAUUAUGGACGUAAACUUAAUCAAAGAUUUUGAUAUGCAUGCGCCGAUAAACUUUCAACUAUUUAUUAAAAUAAGGGGCAUGGUCACGUGAUGCUACUACGUCACGUGUAAACCAGUGGGAAGAUGGCGGCCGCCGGAGGAGAGGCUUCUACCGAGAGUGUGUCGGAUGAAUUAUUUCAAAACUUUUACACGGAGGUAAAGCAGAUUGAGAAGAGAGACUCUGUGUUAACCUCCAAGCAGCAAAUUGACAGACUGCUCAGACCUGGCUCAUCCUACUUCAAUCUCAAUCCCUUUGAGGUGCUGCAAAUUGAUCCAGAGGCAACAUCUGAUGAAUUGAAGAAAAGAUUUCGGGCGUUGUCCAUUUUGGUCCAUCCAGACAAAAAUCAGGGUGAUCCAGAGAGAGCACAGAAAGCCUUUGAAGCUGUGGACAAGGCAUACAAACUCCUGCUGGAACCAGAACAGAGGAAGAGAGCCUUAGAUGUGAUCCAUGCAGGACAGGAAUAUGUGGAACAUAAUGUAAAGGAGAAAAGGAAACAGCUGAAGAAGGAUGGGAAGCCGUUGGAUGUGGAGGAGGAUGACCCUGAAGUGUUUAAACAAGCCGUGUACAAACAGACCAUGAAGUUGUUUGCAGAGCUUGAAAUCAAGAGGAAGGAAAGGGAAGCAAAGGACAUGCAUGAAAGGAAAAGAGCACGAGAGGAAGAAAUUGAGGCAGCAGAGAAAGCAAAGCGGGAUAGAGAAUGGCAGAAAAACUUUGAGGAAACAAGAGAUGGGCGAGUGGACAGUUGGAGGACUUUCCAGGCUAAAGGCAAAAAGAGCAAGGAGAAAAAGAAUCGGUCCUUCCUCAAGCCCCCAAAAGUCAAGAUGGAACAGAGGGAAUGAUGCUGUAAAAUGGGACUUUAUUAGAAUAAACCUACCGUUAUAAAAUCCCCCAGCUUCCCCAUUCUAGGUCAUCAUCUCGUCGUCUGCAGUCAACUGUGAAGUCGUUAUUGCACAGUCAUCGGGAUACUUAUCGUACGACAACGUCCUCAUCCAGACCCUGACAAAUGUAGUUUUGUAUUUGGUUUUCUAAUGUACAUAUUUGUGAUCUGGACCCAGAGAUCAUACCUGCCUUGUGUGAGAUAGAGAAAUGAUGCAUCUUCCCCUUCUGUAACUGAUGAGAAAUGUGAUGUCAUUGUUCUUUUUGUUCUUUUUAACUAAAUAAAGCUUGGUCUUAACAAGCCUACCUUA